AGUCUCUUAGGCGGAGAAACACGGAGGAAGAUGCUGGGAUCAAAUAUCUGGUGGUCAGCAAUGGGAUGGAAAGUCGCUUGUGGGGUUUUGUUUACUAUUUUGCUAAUCUGGAAUACUUGGGAAAAUCUGGAGAUAAUCCCCCUGAAGAUAAAUCAGGAGUAUGAAUAUAUCAUCGUGGGAACAGGUGUUGGAGGCGCAACUGUCGCUUCAGGGAUCAACAGUGAGGAUGUCCUGGUCCUAGAGGCGGGCAAUGAGGUUUUCUCCCUAAUGAACAUUCCAGUGUUGGGACCUAUGCUGCAGGAUAGCCCGUAUGAGUGGAAUUUCUACACGGAACCCCAAGAAAAUGCAGCCAAAGCACUGAAGAAGAGACAAGUUCACUGGACUUUGGGCAAAAUCUUUGGUGGAAGUCACAUGCUAAACAAUCAGAUUUACAUACGAGGGCAUCCGGAUGAUUACCGAGAAUUUGCGGGUGAGGAAUAUGAUUUUCAGCGAGAUAUUGAGAGGCAUUUUGAGCAAUUUGAGAGCGACAUGAAGCCACAGGAGUUGAAAUUCAGAACAAGACUCGCGGAUGCGUUCAUCAAAGCUGGCCAGGAGAGCCAGAAUGUUAAUUUUACACUACCUCAAGUCACUCAGAAGCGUGGAAUGCGCUACACAGUGGCAAACUUCUACCAAAAUCUGAGGAGAAAUGGUCACAGAGUAGUUCUUGGUGCUUUUGUAACGAAAGUCACUUUUGAAGAUGACCAAAAGACUGCUGACGGCGUGAAGUUCAUCAAGUCUGGGAAGAAGUAUUCUGUGAGAGCGCGAAAGGGUGUCAUCUUGUCUGCUGGUGCCGUGGGAAGCCCUAAAAUUCUGUUACAAUCGGGAAUUGGACCGAAAGAUCAUCUGGCAGAUGUUGGCAUUCACUUGAGAGUUGAUCUUCCAGUUGGUGAAAACCUGAUGGAUCACGUGACAACGGGAUACAAUCUCCUGCUUCUGAAUGAGAGUCUCCACCUCAAUCUGCAGGGCAUUCUGUCGCCGACAAGCAUAUUCUCGAUGUUCUUUAAUGGCGAGGGACCCAUGAGCAUGCCCGGAUGCGAGUCUCUGGCAAUUCUGCCACUCAAUCCUGACCUGUCCAAGCUCCAGUUCAUGGUCAUGCCGGUGGGAAUCACCCAAGACUUUGGAAUUCACCUCAGAAAGAUCACAAACAUCAAUGACAAAGUGUGGAAGAACUAUUUCGAGAAGAUGCUGGAAUUGCAUUCGGCCACAAUUCUGCCGAUUGUCUUACAUCCCAAGAGUCGCGGAGUGGUGAGACUGAGAAAUGCUGAUCCUCAAUCCUCACCCAUUAUCGAUCCACGAUACUUCAGCCAUGCUGAAGACAAGGAGCUCCUUGUCAAGGGCAUUCAAUUCCUCGAGAAACUCUUCGAAACGGAGGCUUUGCAGAAGAUUGGCGCCGAAAUCAAUCCUCUCUUGCUUCCCGGCUGUGAAUCCCACCCGUGGAGUUCUCGAGAAUACUGGACAUGCUAUGUGGAACACCUCACGCUCACGACAUUCCAUCCGGCGGGCACUUGCAGCAUCGGCAAAGUGGUGGAAAAGGACUUUCGCGUGAUGCAGACUAGGAAGCUCUUCGUGGUGGACGCUUCUGUGAUGCCCAAUCUGCCGACUGGGAAUCCCAUGGGCAGUGUAGGGAUGCUGGCCAAUCGCUUCCUCACAUUGCACGGCAUUUCCCGCCAUUUUGGCCACUGA